AUGUCGCAAAGCGUGCUUGAAAUCGUGGAAGGAAAUAGAGCGGAGCUCACUAACAAAGAACCGGCGACAAGGAUAAAGGCACUAAACAAAAUUAACGCCUGCAUCAAGGAAAACGCGCUGAAUGUACGAGAAGUCGCUGUGCUUACAGAAUUCUACAGAGAACGUCUAAAAGACACUUGGGAAGUGCAUGGGGCGGCGAUGGAAGGAAUGCUCUAUCUCGUUCAGUGGGGUUAA